CCCUGACAGGCACCCUCCUUCCCCUUCCCUUUCAGUCUUCGCCGCCCCCCAAACCGCCCCCACGAGAAAACCCCGAACUCCGCGAAAUUCGAGGUAAAUUCCAUGGGCGGCGGCGGCGACAUCACCCCCACCAGUAUCCCCUCCUCACCGUCUUGCUCGUCGGAGGUUCCUCCUGAGUUCGCCGAGUACGUGGCCAUCUCGCCGGUUUGCGACGACGAAGCAUCCGAUGAGUGCUGUGACUGCGACGACGCCGAGGUGGAGGCUCUCUACUUCGGCCGCCGGCUGCAGGACCGCCUGCGGGAGGCGAAAGACUUCAUCAGGAGGUAUAAGCCUGGGGAUUGCAUUGAGGGAGCUGGCGGCACAAAAGCUGGGGAUUAUAUCUUGCCCGAGAUCGCUACACUACUGUUAGUGGGCCCUAGAGGUGCAGGCAAGAGUACACUUGUGAACCGAAUUACAAGGGUCUUUGACAAGGAUGAUGAUCCUUUUGCACCAGAUCGAGCGCAGGUGUCACGAAAUUCAAAAUCAUAUGGUACACUUCUUCUUUGGGAGUACCCAAUUCCGAGGAAUUCAACUGCUAUAUGUAUUUAUGAUACACAGAGCUUGUCAAGCAAUCAACAGAAUAAUUUCAAGAUGCUGCAGCAGUGGAUGACAAAGGGAAUCAGCCAUGCGGAGACAACGAUGUGUUUUAGCAGGGAUACUGAUGAAGGCAAUAAGACUAAGCAUAUCAAACCAUUGGGGAGACAAUUCAGUUUUCUUAGUUGCAAAACCAGGAAGGUCAACUUUGUUAUAUUUGUUGUUGAUGGUGUUUCUAUCCUUGAUGGAAUUGAAAGCAACAAGAAAGGAUAUAUUGACAUACUGCACGAAACAUUUAUGUAUCCAUUUUUAUCAAUUGGAGAUGACAAACCUGUUGUUGUGGUCACACAUGGUGAUAGACUAUCGAUGCUCCAGCGCGCACAUGUUCAAAACGAGUUAGCAGAAGUACUUGGCAUUCCUGUCCAGCAAAUUUUUGAUAUACCAGGAUCUGAUGAUUACCAAACUGAUCUGGCUAUAUUGGAUAUGCUACGUUACUGUAUCCAACAUGCAGAGCAGAACCUCCCCAUUAAAUUGAAUUAUCUUUUAGAGUAGGGGCCUCCCCUCCUGUUUCAGUAAGAAAAGAUAGUGUUGGAUUGGGGGGGCAGCCAGCCAGGGGCCAGGCUCCCUCGGCAUGGCAGGAUUUAUGCUUAUAUUUCUUGCUUGACUUUAUGGAUUAUGUCCUUGCUUUAACAAAGAGGAGUUCUCUACCAAUUGGAACUGAUGUAUAUGGAGCAAUAAAUAACUAUUACCUGGCCUGUCGCUAGCUUCUUGAUCUCUCAGUUCCCAACGUAGUGGGUAAGACUACUCAGCAACUUUGCCUUCCUAAUUCUUGUGACAGAGCUUCUCCUGCAGUACCGCUACAGUUUUUUUAACAUCAACCAAGCAAAAUCUCAGUGAUUAGUAGUAAAGAGGACUACAAAUGAUCUAGCGUUUCUCGCACCUUUCCUAAACAAGCUAUUGGUCAGUAGGCAGUAGCAGUUGAUAACUUGAAUUGUGUUGUUAAACCAUAGUCUUCCAUGAGUAUUAACUAUCAUUCUAUCAAUAGUCCAUAUAAAUCUAAAGGAGAACUAAACGUGCAUUGUUUAUUUUCUACCUCGACAUGUUAUGUCUAGUUAGAAACACAUGUAAGUGGGUAGUCUUGCUUUAUUUUUCAUACAGUAGCAGGUUUGACAUGUUAGCACCUUGUGAUACUUUUCACUUUCUUGCCAUGCCUGUCGUUUGUCAGAAUUUAGAUUUGUUAGAUUGUUCUGUAAAAUAAAAUGAUUUCCUGGACUGUUACUUACAACAAAGCUCAUAUU